AUGCCGCCCAAGGACAAAGCUGCCGCGGAAGCAUCAUCUUCCCAAGAGAUCACGGGCCAGAGCGCACUUCCCAUCUCGCGGAUCAAGAAGAUUAUUCAAUUAGAUGACGAUAUCGUACAAUGUUCGAGCAACGCUACGUUUGUGAUCGCAAUGGCUACGGAACUGUUUAUCCAAUACCUUACCGAACAAGGACACAACGUCGUUAAAUCAGAACGGAAGCCGCGCAAGCUUAUCCAAUACAAAGACCUGGCUACGGCCGUAUCACGCAUCGAUAAUCUCGAAUUCCUCUCCGACGUGAUUCCCAAAACCACAACCUAUAAGCAGUUCAAGGAGAAACGGGCAAAGGAGAAGGAACCCGGACCCGAGAAGGGACAGCGCACAUUAAACGGCAAUAUACCUGCAGCGGUCGAAGAGAAAGAGGAAGUCGAGGAACAACAGAGUCUACAGCCAGUAGAGGACAAGCCUUCGAGGGGUUCUCGACCGCCAACGGUGACAAUGAUGGUGGAUCGAACGGUUGAUGCAUCUGCGGGAGAUCAGGAUGUCGAGAUGACGGACCAGUGA